AUGCUUUUACUUACUUUCAUAUCUACGCAAUCUCUCUUUACAUUUUUUUUUAGUAAUUCAGUUCUUAUCCUUUUUUCCCCUCCUCCUCUUCCUCUUCAUCAUCAUAUUUUUCUUUUUCUUUCUUUCGUUUUUUUCUUUUUUUCUUUCUUUCAUUCAUUCAUUUAUUCUUUCGUUCGUUCUUUCUUUCUUCUCUAUUAUUUAUUCAUUGCUCAUUGUUAUUCUUUCCUUUUUCGUUCUUUCUUGCGUUCUUUCUUUCCUUCUUUCUUUCUUCUCCAUAAUUUAUUCACCGGUCAUUGUCAUUCCUUCUUUCUUUCUUUCUUUAGUUAUUUCUUUAGUUCUCUUUUUCAUUCUUUCUUUCUUUUCUUUCGUCUGUAUUAUUUAUUCACUGGUCAUUGUUAUUAUUUCUUUCGUUCUUUCUUUCUUUCUUUGUUUCAUUCUUUCUUGCCUUUCUUUCUUCUGUGUUAUUUAUUCACAGGUUAUUGUUAUUUUUUCUCAACUAUUUCUUGCCUUUUCAUUCAUUCUUUCUUCCAUUUUUUCUUACAUUCUCUCUCUUGUUCUUUCCUUCUUCUCUAUUCUUUAUUCAUUGGUAAUGAUUAUUCUUCCUUUCUUUUCUUCUCUUACUUUCUUUCACAUCAUCGAUUCUUCUUCUUCUUCUUCUUCCUCCUCCUCUUCUUCUUCUUCUUCUUUUUUCUAUUUUUAUCAUUAAUAAUUCUAUUUCUUUUUUUUCUGUUCUUUUAUUUUCUUUCUUUUUCUUUUUUUCUUUCUUUUUCUUCUCUUUUCUCGGAACCAAUCAAUUCUCUCUCUUCACAUCUAUCUAUCUAUCUAUCUAUCUAUCUAUCUAUCUAUCUAUCUAUCUAUCUCAGUCUUCUCAGUAUCUAUCUAUCUAUCUAUCUAUCUAUCUAUCUGUCUAUCUAUCUAUCUAUCUCAGUUGUUUUAUAUCUAAGACUGGUCAUAUCUAUCUAUCUAUCCAUCUAUCUGUCUAUCUAUCUAUCUAUCUAUCUAUCUAUUUCAAGUAUAAGUUUACUCGUUAUAUUUCCUGCAUAA